AUGUCGCCUUUCCCUCGCCAUUACCUUCGCCCCCCCUUUACCCGUCGCACUUCGCGUACCCUCCCCGUUUCCCCUCCCAUCACCCACUUCGUUACAUUCUCGCUCACCCUGAAACGCCCUCUCGUCGCCCUUCCUUUCUCCCCUCCCGUCACCCACCUCGUCGCCUAUGCGCUCGCCUCGAAAUCGAGGCGCACUCUUGUCGCCUCCCACGUCUCCCCUCCUAUUAUCCACAUCAUCGUCGUCGCCCUAAGCCCGCAAUGCCCUCUUGUUGCGCACAGUCGACUCUCCUCGCCCAUCGCCCUGCCGCUGGCCUUGAAACGCCCUCGCGGCUCCCUUCUUCACUCCCCUCCCAUUACCCACUUCGUCGCCUUUGCGCUUGCUCUGAGCCGCCCUCCCGUUGCCUAUCAUCCCUCCACUCCCAUCCCGUCGCCCUCGUGUUCCCCUCUCAUCUCGCCCUCGAACCGGGCUCUUCGAUUUUGCCGCCCUCUCUCAGGCCCAAAGUCUUCAUACGCAGCAAAUAAUCCUAACCUCUCUCGCUCUUUGCAGAACCUUCACAAGCUGCCACCGCGCUUGUGCUUGUCACCUUCCCCCGCCAUCGCGCUCACGUUCUCCCCUUCCCCCGCCAUCGCGCUCACGUUCUCCUCUUCCCCCGCCAUUGCGCUCACGUUCUCCCCUUCCCCCGCCAUCGCGCUCACGUUCUCCCCUUCCCCCGCCAUCGCGCUCACGUUCUCCCCUUCCCCCGCCAUCGCGCUCACGUUCUCCCCUUCCCCCGCCAUCGCGCUCACGUUCUCCCCUUCCCCCGCCAUCGCGCUCACGUUCUCCCCUUCCCCCGCCAUCGCGCUCACGUUUUCCCCUUCCCCCGCCAUCGCGCUCACGUUCUCCCCUUCACCCGCCAUCGCGCUCACGUUCUCCCCUUCCCCCGCCAUCGCGCUCACGUUCUCCCCUUCCCCCGCCAUUGCGCUCACGUUCUCCCCUUCCCCCGCCAUCCCGCUCACGUUCUCCCAUCUUCGCACCACCUUCGCGCUCAUGGUCUCCCCUCCCAUCUCCCUCGUGCUCACGUUCUCGUCUCUCAUAGCCUUCUCGCUCGCACCUCCCGUCCCUUCCUGUUUCUCUCGUGUUCUCCCGUCCCGUCCCGUCGCCUUCGCGCUCGCACCUCCCGUCCCGUACCGUCGCCCUCGUGCCCUCCCCUCCCCAAUGCCCCUCCCAUCACCCAACCAGUAA